GUUUGUAUUCCCAUGAAAAUGUGACGUUUCUGUGGACACGUUGUCACACGUGAAUACACGAAUCUUCAUACAGCUCGCUUUUGCGCAUGCGUGCCAAUGUGGUAGCAAGAUUUUCGAUUUUCGCGGACGUUGUGUGACACUUGUUUUAGAGAAAAUUGAGCACAAAGAACGAUGUCGGGGAAAUCGAAAGCAUUUACCAAAGAAGAAGAGCUUCUUCUUCAGGACUUCUCGCGGAACGUGUCAACGAAAUCUUCGGCUUUAUUUUAUGGCAACGCGUUCAUCGUUUCGGCGAUCCCCAUCUGGCUCUUCUGGAGAAUUCACUUGAUCGACAUUUACGCUAAUUUAAUUUCCUUUGUUCUUGUCACACUGACGAGUACCUACGCCCUCGCCCUGGCAUAUAAAAAUACAAAAUUCGUGCUGAAGCACAAGGAUUUUGUGGAAGAAAAACGAGGUGGCCGAUUACGAAGCGACGACGUUUUCAAUCUUCUACAAUAACGCGUUAUUUUUAGCCCUUGUAAUUGUAUCUUCUUUCUACAUUCUGAAGACAUUCACACCAGCUGUAAAUUACAUAUUCUCUGUGGGUGCAACGAGCGCGUUGCUAGCGCUGUUAUCAACUGGAUCUCAGUAAAAUGUACGCUGUGUGAAACGCAUGAUGGUGAUCAUUUAAAUCGUCAAAUCAGAUAUUUGUGCAAGGCUCUGCGACUGUUUUCACGAAUGAAUGAAUACAUACAUGUAAUAAAAAUCUUUUUUAUUUAUAGUAACUUUAUCGAUCUGUGUUAUUAAAUUCACCCCUGAACCGAGAUCGUUAUUAGAAAGUAUUUCUAUGUUAUAAUGUUAAGAUAAAUAUAUUUUAUAUUUAGUCAGACGAAAAGUAAUCACGUUGCUUUUAUAUCAUUUGCUUAA